AUGGCGGCCUGUGCGGCGGCGCGCAUGUUCGCGUACAACGCCACCCUCUGCGCCUGCGAUCCGGGGUACUACUACUACCUCAGCGGCAACGGCACCGCCAGCUGCGCCCCGAUGCCGGGCGGCGGGUGGGGAGACUGGCAGGUGGGCUCCGUGGGCGCGCCGCGGAACCACAGCCUCUACUUCCUGGAGCCGGUGGUCUCGAUCUACGCCAUCCGCCGCCUCACCCAGUCCCAGGCCGUGAUCCUCGAGGCGACCCUCGCGUCACUCCUCUGCUGGCUCGCCUUCUGCGCCGCGGCCAGGUUCGCCGGCCGGGAUCCCCGCGGGGAGAAGAGGAUGUUCCGGGCCCGGUACUGGGUCAGCCGCCUCGACUGCCUCUUCGACAACAGCCACUGGACGGGGGAUCAGCAAGUACUAAGGAAAAGGAAAACCGAGUUGGGUGGCACAUUUUCAGUCGCUAGCUUGAUCAUCUUCACUGGAUUAUUGACUGUGCUCUUGUAUCAAGCCAUCAAAAGGCGCAGCCUUGAGAUGCAUCGAGUCAAGCCAGCCAAUGCUCCAGACCUGCUGUCUUUCGUGAAUGAUCUCGAGUUCCACAUCACAACCGUCUCCAGCAUGUCCUGCACUCAAGCAGUUGCUCCUUCGACGGUAGCAAUGGGGACACCAGGCUUCAUGGACUUCAGGGUGGUUCCCCUGCCAGCACUGUUCAACUACAGCUGCACAAACACGAGCCAGGGGCCAUCCAUUACGCUCAGGUGUAAUGGAUGCCGGGUCCCUCCGAGAGACCACUACGUGUCUUGGCAAUUUGUCGACCUGCCAGGGCAGCCAGCAACCGCUGUUGGUUUCCAGUUCAACCUGACCACAAGGCAACAUGGCAACAACCAACACAUGAGCUUUGUGAGUGGUACGAUGAACUCUGACGGUUAUGCUGAUGAUGGCAAGUUGGAGACGUUUAGGGGAAGAGAUUCCAAUGUUCUGAAGAUCCAGUUGUUCCCUCAGAUAUUCAAUCCUGGUAACCUGAGGCUCUUGCAGCCACUGGUUCAGGACUUCACUCAAGGAUCUACGUUUUCUGAUGUCAGCAGCUUGAAUUCGUCCCUGCAGAACCCCAGGGAUGGAGUGGUGAAUACUACUCUUUACAUAAGUUAUCUCUCGGACUACAUUGUGGAGAUCAGCAAUGAGAGUGUAGUAGGCCCAGUUAGUAUACUCGCAAGUAUUGGUGGCCUUUAUGCCUUCAGUGUGGCAAUUUGUCUCUGCCUCAUGGCUCAAUGUGAAGCAAGGAUAAAGAAGCUUCAUGACGAGGAUACCAGAAUGUUGAAAAUUCUGAGCAAACGACGUGCUCAGCGAAAUUGGAAUAAGGUGCGGAAGUUUGUCAUGUAUACCUGGGGUCUAAGCAGCCUGGACCCAUCUGAUAGAAUCGGUCAGCAGCCUGAAGGGGGGGAAAUUGACAUUGAAAGAGCUGAGGGAAUGCAGCAAUGUUGCAGGGGGAAAUUGACAUAG